UAUGUGUUUACUAAUUUUUUUGCAUUUCAAAGAUGAGCUUGCAAUGAAGCAGUCUUAAAUUAAAGCGGUGUAUUUUGUUUCUCUGCAGAGCACCUAAAUUAAUUUCGGAUUAUAGAGCCAUUUAACCAAGCAAGGAAAAUACAUACUUUAACGAAGGGGACUGGCAGUAAAUUGUGCAGGAAACCUACACUGCAUAAAUUGAGAACGGGUCCUUAAUCCAGGUUUGUGAUGUGACUGCUGGCUGCGCCAAAGUGGCGCUUUUACGCACGAUGGGGGACCUUUUACGCGAGCAGGACAGCUGGUCUCAGAAUGUUUCAUGGAGCAACUUAAGCCGUGGAAACGAAAGUCAUUUAGGAAACACCACAGUGAACCCUUUAAAACGAAAUGAAAACGUGGCCAAAGUAGAAGUUACCGUCCUGGUCCUGGUGCUGCUGCUCGCUCUGAUCGGCAACCUGUGCGUCCUGUGGGCUAUCCACACCACCAAGCACAACCAGUCUCGGAUGUAUUACUUCAUGAAGCACCUGAGCAUCGCAGACCUCGUCGUUGCAGUCUUUCAGGUUUUACCACAGCUCAUUUGGGAUAUCACCUUUCGCUUCUAUGGUCCGGAUUUGCUUUGCAGGUUGGUGAAAUACCUCCAGGUCGUGGGCAUGUUUGCGUCCACUUACAUGCUCGUCCUCAUGUCAAUUGACAGGUGCUUAGCAAUCUGUCAGCCGCUCCGCUCCGUGCACAAGAGAAAAGAUCGUUUCUGUGUGAUCGCCUCUUGGACGCUCAGCCUGAUAUUCAGCACUCCUCAAACUUACAUAUUUUCUCUGAGGGAGGUCGGGAACGGUGUUUAUGACUGCUGGGGGGACUUCGUGCAGCCGUGGGGUGCCAAAGCAUACAUCACUUGGAUGAGUCUCAGCAUUUACAUUUUUCCAGUUGCAAUUUUGUGCAUCUGCUAUGGCUUGAUAUGUUUUAAAAUAUGGCAGAAUUUCAAUUUAAAAACCAGAAGGGAACACUUCCUGGCUCUCACUCCAAGGCCCUCCAAAGGCGCACAUCCACUCUCUCGUGUGAGCAGCGUGAGGCUCAUUUCAAAAGCCAAGAUCCGCACAGUGAAAAUGACAUUUGUGGUGGUCCUUGCCUACAUUGUGUGCUGGACUCCCUUUUUCUUUGUCCAGAUGUGGUCUGCAUGGGAUCCUGCUGCACCAAGAGAAGAUGUGGCCUUCGUCAUCGUCAUAUUGCUGGCCAGCCUCAACAGCUGCUGUAACCCCUGGAUUUACAUGUUCUUCGCUGGUCACCUCUUCCACGACCUGACGCAGUGCUUCUUCUGCUGCUGUAGACGGUAUCUGACAGACUCGUCCUGCAGCUGUGACCAACAGUGUAGAAACAAGACCAGCUCGUCCACGUACGUGAUCAAGAACGCCGCAGUCAGAGGAGCCUCACACACACAUCCAGUACAGGAGGACCAGUGCAAUGAAAAGCUGUCCAAGCCGUCUGUUGUUGAGUAAUCCACCUAUCAUGCCAGUCCGCAUUUCGGGCAUUUAAUUACAGCAGCCCUUCACUGGCCACUGCAAUAUGUUUGGUUUCAAAUUUUAAACUGAGCCAAACGCACAAAGUAAACUUCCUGUCCAGACAUUGCCCUGCUCUCCGAGAUAACAGAAAUGCCAUUGUGUCCAAAAUGUGAACAAAAUGUGACGUAAAGUGAAGCUCCAACACCCACCAGCUCCAGCUGCCGUCUGCUUAAAGCUCUAAGGAAGUGUGCUCUCUUGGCUUUCCCAAAACACUGCUCUCCCCUUUGGACUCGCUUUGCAUGAGAAACCUACAAAUCAUGUAACUGAUCUAUAUUCUAGGCUUGAGCAUCUAAAGAUUAAUCCUCUACCUUUGGAUGAUGUUCAUUUUGUCGUUAAUUAUCAUAGGAUAAUGUUAUUUUUUAUCCCGACAAAUCAAAGUAAAGAUGGGUUUUACCUUAGCUGACAUGUUUCGACUGCAGCUGCAGUCUUCUUCAGAGCGUCAUCUGACGUGUGCUGACGUGUCCUUUUUAUCAUGUGACCGGUCUGACAGAUCUGUCAGAAUCUGUCAGACAGGCCACGCCCCCCGCCGUCCGGUGGUCUCUGGAGGAUGGAGUCCCAGGUAUUAGAAGGUGUAGGCUCCCUCGUCCCCGUUCAUGGAGCAGCUCGCCCGCUUCCUGAUCUCGAUGGCCUCCUUGAUCCAUCGUUUAAACGAUCGUUUAAACGAAAAAAUAACGUUAUCCAAUCCUCUACCUUUUUGUUGAAACACAUAUGAGCAUUCUCAAACUUCUGUAUGCACUUCUGUCCCGUAUCUUAAAGUCGUGUUCUUAUAGUAGUGAUCGUGAUAUGACCUUCAAAAACAAGUAGGUCCAAGUUAUCAUACAAAGCAAGAACGAUAUUAAUAUUAUACAAGGAAAUCCAUUCUACUAAGAAAAAAAAAAGAAAAAUAUUUGAAGUAAAAGUUUGGCAGAAAACACUUUGAUCUGUGCAAAUAUUUCAGUUCCUAUAAUGAUUGUUUACCCAUUUUAAACCAGCUUUGUUUGCGUACAAACAUUUUGCAUUAUCAUGGGUGAUAAUAUCCACUCCUGACGUUUGGCUUAAUGCAGAGCUGCACUGUCAUACCACAACAAAAUUUCAUCAACAAAGCAAACUCCACAGGGAUGCUUUUUAUUUUCAGAAGAUUUCAGAAGACUAUCUUGCUGUACAGAUCAAAUAAUGUUUGUCUGUCAUGAAGUAAUAUGAAAUUCAUUUUGUAAAUAGUUUCCACUGCUCCUUGUGUGUCUCUUCGCCAUUAUUUUCAAUCUAUUCUGUCUUUUGUUUUCUAGGUUGUUGAUUUUCAUUUAAUGUUGUUGGAAUCAAACCAGAACAAUGUUUUCACCUCAUGGCCAUGCUGAGCACUGUUAUUAUUAGUUUCCUGCUUUGUUGCUUUAACUGUAUGAUUUAAGGCAAUGUGCCAGCAGUUUAUACUUAGCAUACUGAGAACUUCAGUGCCAGGAUGUGAUAAUGUGCAUUCUUGAAUUGUUAAGUGUGUUUUAAAAUUUCUUUAGCAUUAUAUAACCUUGCAUGUUGUCAAAGAAAACACUGACUAAGUGUAUGGCAUCCUUCUGCAGGGAGCAGAACACAAGAGAAUUCAAAGAUUGACUUAUUUAAAGCUUAAAACAUACUUAAAAUGAAACAUAUAGCUAACAAAACACCAGUACACAGGGCAAAAAAUGUUAUCAUUUUGGCCUAAAUUCUAGCAAAGACCUCAGAGUUUACAGUUUGUUGUGCGAGCACACAGUAAAGUCAGAAUGAUCAGAUUUAUUCCUCCUCUGUCAUUUUUUCCCACUGUGUCCCUUUACAAAUAUCUCUGACAGUCACAUCAUGUUAGCAGACACUUGAGAAAGCAUUCUUAUAGGCACACAGUCAUGCUGUCCUGACUUGAUAAACUUCAAAAUUUAAAUAACAAAUGUAUGCUAAUGUCUACCUUGUUUCCAGUCAUGCGUUUCUGUGAUAAUAAAGUCUGUGUUGAUGAGGCCGAUCA